UUGUAUGAAUUAUCGAGUGAUGUGUGCUAUGUUUAUGAAUUGCACAGGGUUAUGAAGUGGUAGAUUAUAGAAGUGAAAAUUUUGAUCUGAAUGUUUUCUUAGUGACCUCAAAUGUGUGUUUGGAUCCUGGGUUAGUUGUGAUGAAGAUUUUAAAUAUUAUCGAUAUAUUUUGUGGGGGCGUGACAUAGGUGGUAUCAGAGCAUGAUUUAAGAAUCACUAAGAAUAGUAUCUUUAUUUGAGGUUUAUUGACUCUCAUUAGAGAUUGAUCAAAGAAAAUGUUCUUUUGAUGUUUUAGGAAGCGAGGAUGACGAGAUCAUCUAGUUCUCCUGUUGCAUCUACUGCUGAUCAAUUGAGUGGUAUUAUGCGGACUUUGGAGACUAUGGCACAAGUGAUGCAACAACAACAACAACCUGUCCAACAAGGAAAUAAUGAUGGGACAGAGACAUCAAACCAGACGGGGUUGGGAAUUGGACAGUUUAAGAAGCUUAGUCCUCCAAGUUUCAGUGGUGAGUCUGAUCCAAUGGUGGCGGAACGAUGGAUGAUGCAGAUAGAGAAAAUAUUUGAUGCCUUAAGUUACUUUGAUGAACGAAAGGUUUUUCUUGCCACCUUUAUGCUGGAAGGAGAAGUUGAACACUGGUGGAGAAUGAUUAAGAGGAUGUCUGAAAUUAAACAUGAGCCAAUGACUUGGAAGUUAUUCCAAGAAAAGUUUAACGACAAAUAUUUUUCAGAUUGCAUGAGAGAGCAAAAAGAAUUGGAGUUCUUGAAUCUUAUCCAGGGAAGUAUGACGGUUACAAAGUAUGAAUCUAAAUUCACUGAGCUCUCUAGGUUUGCCACACAUAUGACUGAUGAUGAAUCUAGAAAGGCAAGAAGGUUUGAAAGGGGAUUGCAGUCGGCAAUAAGAAGCCGAAUGUCAGCUUUAAAAUUACAAACAUAUGCUGAUACGGUAGAAAGAGCCUUGAAAAUUGAAAGAGACAUGGAGGAAAUUCAAGAAAUCAUUGGCAAGAACAAAAGGGGCAAAUUUACUAGCAAAAGCAGGAGAGAAAAUGAAUAUGAAGAUAGUAACAAGAGGUUUAAGACAUCUGGAUUUGAGAAAAGGAAACCAUUGGGGAGGACUCAGUUAUGUGCAAAAUGCGGAUUAAAUCAUGAAACAAGUCGGUGUUUUCGGGUGACUGGAGCAUGUUUUGGUUGUGGAAAGCUAGGUCAUCAAAUAAGAGAUUGCCCACUGAACAGGAAGAAAGAGCCAUUGUCUCCUAGACCCUCAGUCCAUGCUAGAGUGUACGCUAUCACUGAACAAGAUUCUAAAGCUUCUAAAUCAGUAGUGGAAGGAUAGCGUAUCGCUUGCUUAAAUGUUAAGAAUGGGCUGAGGCAGUGGAAAGUUUAUAAGACGUUGGGCAGAACUUUUGUUAGCAUAUAUGUAGUUGUGUAUAAGCUACCUUGCAUCUAAUGAAAUGUGACUAUGAAUCUAAACUUGUGGAUUUUGUGUAAGUUAAUGGAUCCCUCAUGUAUAGGGUUUUGGAAUGUUAAAUUAAAUUCGUGUAAUGAUAUGAACUUAUGGUAAAUCGUUGUUUGUGGUGACUGCAUAGA